AUGAACGAAAGCAGUCCUUUACAAUCUAAUGCGGCGCAGCCCCUCCGUACUCAUUAUGCGCGACUUGCGGUCCAAGACUGCGAGUUCCGCGACAACUCACAUGGCAGGUACAUGUGUCCUUCGCCUCCAAUGUCUUUGAUUGAAUAUCCCAGCACAGUUCCACAAGGACAAGACGACGUUGCUCCUGCCUACAGACUCGCCGGAACGCAACAGCAAAAAGAUGCUGUAAAUCGCGGUCAGGAUCGGAGCCCUUCCUACGCGAGGGAUGACUGGGCAGAAAGGCUCUGGUUGUGGGAGGCAUUGAGCAUCACGGUAGCUGCGCUCGCCCUUGCGGCUAUCGUCAUCACUCUGGUCCUUCAUGAAAACCGUCCCCUACCUAAGUGGCCAUCGGCAAUCACGAUAAAUGCGCUCAUUUCCGUUUUCACUGCCAUCCUAAAGUCGAGUCUGAUGAUGCCGAUCGCUGAAGGCAUCAGCCAGCUGAAAUGGCUGUGGUAUCUGGGGUCACGGCCACUUGGGCAGAUGGAGCAAUGGGAUUUGGCCAGUCCAUGGGGAUCUGUACUCCUGAUCUUCAUGCUCAAAAGCCAGGACAUAGCCGUCAUCGGUGCUUUGCUUACAAUAGUAGCAAUGGCCGUUGAUCCUUUUACGCAACAAAUUGUCCAGUAUCACAGCUGUCCCAUUAUUGCUGAGGGCGAACGCGCGAUGGUCCCUUACUCCAACAAUUACACUGCUGGCUUCUGGGGGAAGCCAACGAAUUCCCCACAUGUGGUAGUGGUCACGAAGACACCUGAUCCGGACACGAAAAUGCAGUCAGCCGUGUAUACUGGACUGCUCGACCCGCCUGCGAAUGUUUCUGCAGUUCUCAAUUUCGAAUGUAGAACAGGAAACUGUACUUUCCCGUCGACAGAUGACGGAGCUGCUUUCCUGUCUCUGGCACUGCAAAGUCGAUGCGCUGAUAUACGCAGUGACAUCUCCUUUACUGAAAGUGUGUGGAGUGAAACAUACACCGAUUUUCAAAAUUUUACUUAUACCUCCACGACACCUAAUGCCAGCCUGUCCGAUUAUGGAAUCUAUUUGGCCGAGUUUGGGCCGACGCAAGACAAUGUGAUGCAGUCAGGGAACCAAGGUCCCCAAGGCUGGCCGUCGCGUUUUCUAAACAAGGUGUCAUUUCUCAUGAGUUCCCGGGAUGAUACCGCAUGGCCGCAGAGCAUAUCGGCAUUCGAGUGCGAGUUCUAUCCCAGCGUGGAUACCUAUAGCGCCAACAUUACGAACGGGGUGCUUCUUGAGCAAGUCCUAGACUCCCAACGCAUGGAGGUCUGGCCAGUGGCGCUCGGAACCCACUCCCUACUACUGAUCAAUAGGACUAUCAGGGGAGGUGAAUGGCACGAGUGCACUAGCGGAAGUGAGCCAUCGGAUGAGCACAACUUCCCCAUUAUCGGCUGGCCCUCUUACAAGGGCCUGAACAUUGGAACCUCCUUUCCACUAGACCAGCUGAUCAACAGAUCCGGAGAUGCAUGGAACCAGACGGAGUGGUGGCCUCAAGACUGCGUGUACUGGAUCCCUUACGCACCCACAAUGGGUCUGUCGGGCUCUAUACAUAGUUUGGUAGGCAACGAAAGCCUGUACUUUGAUGAAGUGACCGAAAGACCAAAGGGAACCCCCUGGUCUGUCAACCUUUGGAACGGGGGCAACGCCACGCUGGAGAUGGUGCAAGCCGCCAUGGACGGGCUGGCACGGUCGAUAACUGCUCGUUGGCGGCAGGGCGACGGAAUCAGCGAUAACGUGGGACCAGUGACUGGGAUGGUCUGGGAGAACCAGACUUGCGUUCUUGUAAACUGGGUUUGGAUUUCACUCCCGGCUGCGCUACUGCUGCUUACGAUUGUGUUUCUUAUUCUGACUGUCUUGAGGACGAACUCUAAAGGAGCGCGGGUCUGGAAGAGCUCGAUGUUGGCUGUGCUGUUUAAUGGUCUUGACCUGAAGACGAGACAAGAUUCCGGGGCUGCGGUGAGCUUGGAGGAGAUGAGAGCUGCCGCUGACACAGCGAAGGUGCGCCUUGUUGAGACUAAGAACGGGUUACGCUUGGUUGGCCAGUCUUAG